AAUCAGGGCGCUCUGACCUCUUCGGCCUCCGUCCGCCGGACCCCAGGGGCGGGGCUUCUCAGCGACUGACACAGCCGCGACGAACUGCGCUCGCCAGUGCUAUCGGCUGUUUGCUUGCCAUGCCUCCGCCGUGCGGUGACGUGACUGCCUUGUUCCUGGGGCCCCCAGGCUCGGGCAAGUCCGCGUUGAUCUCAGCGCUGUGCGACAAGGAUGUGGAGACGUUGGAGUCCCUCGAGGAUCGGCCGGACUCUGGGGUCCCCAGCUUGCGGGCUGCGGGUCCAGGCCUCUUUCUGGGCGAGCUGAGCUGCCCACCUGCAGCGCCGGGGCCCUGGGCGGCGGAGGCUAACGUGCUGGUACUGGUGUUGCCUGGACCCGAGAGGAACGGGGAGAGCUUGGCCCCAGCGCUGGGGGAGGCAGCGCGGGCCGCCCUGGCCCGAGGGACGCCGCUGCUGGCGGUGCGAACCCUCAGUCCCAUGGAUUCACAGAAUGAAGCCCAAGCCAGGGAUCAGACAGCGACUCUGCUGGACAGCGCCGGGUUAGGAGCCGCUGCUCUCUUCGUGUUACCAGCGGACUGCAGCGGCAGUGACGGCGACGAGGAGCUACAGCGCCUGCGGGCAGCUCUGCAGAGCCAGGCGGAAGCGCUGCAGAGGCUCCUGCCACCAGCCCAGGAUGGCUUUGAGGUGUUGGGUGCAGCUGAGCUGGAGGCUGUGCGCGAAGCCUUCGAGACAGGUGGCCUGGAGGCGGCGCUGUCUUGGGUGCGCGCGGGCCUGGAGCGCCUGGGCAGCGCGCGUCUGGACCUGGCCGUGGCAGGCACAGCCAACGUGGGCCUUGUGCUGGACCUGCUGCUUGGGUUGGAUCCUGGCGACCCAGGUGCCGCCCCCGCUUCAGCACCCGUGGGGCCCACGCCUUACCCGGCCCCUGAGCGUCCCAAUGUGGUUCUCUGGACCGUGCCUCUGGGCCCCCCAGGCGUUGCCGCUACCUGCCAUCUAAGCCACUACGAUGCUGUCAUCCUCGUCACGUCUGGGGCUCCCACUGAGAAGGACUGGGCCCGGGUGCGGGCCUUGGUGCCUCCAGAUGCACCGCUGGUCUGCGUGCGAACAGACGGCGAGGGUGAGGAACCAAAGUCUCUGGAAGAAGAGGAAAUGGUGGAGAAGCCAAGCGGCGAGAGUUUAGAGAACGCAGACAGUGAGGGAAGGGAGAAAUGUGGCACAGGGUCGCAGAAAACAGGCAGUGGGGAAGGAUCAGAGAAAGCAGGCAACGACAGUUUGCAGCAGGUUGGCGCCAGCGCGAAGAAAUCGGGCGGUGGGGAUUCAGAGCGUGCGGUCGCGUUAAGCCCAGAGGAGGAGACGUGGGAGGUGUUGGAGGAGGCGCCGCCGCCAGUGUUCCCUCUGCGGCCGGGCGGACUCCCCGGGCUCUGCGAGUGGCUGCGGCGCACGCUACCCCCCGCGCAGGCUGGGGCGCUGCUGCUGGCGCUACCACCCAUGUCUCCGAGGGCGGCCGUAACCAAGGCUGCGGCACUGCGGGCCGGGGCAUGGCGGCCAGCUCUGCUGGCUAGCCUGGCAGCGGCGGCGGCACCUGUACCAGGGCUAGGCUGGGCGUGCGACGUGGCGCUUCUGCGGGGCCAGCUGUCGGAGUGGCGGCGAGCACUGGGGCUCGAACCCGCGGCAUUGGCGCGACGUGAGCGCGCGCUGGGCCUGACUCCAGGGGAGCUGGCAGCGCGUGCGCACUUUCCUGGCCCUGUGACUCGUGCGGAGGUGGAGACGAGGCUGGGCGCGUGGGCGGGCGAGGGCACGGCCGGGGGCGCGGCGCUGGGCGCACUCUCCUUCUUGUGGCCCGCGGGCGGCGCAGCGGCGACUGGCGGCCUGGGCUACCGCGCGGCUCAUGGCGUCCUACUACAGGCGCUCGAAGAGAUGCAGGCCGACGCCCAGGCGGUGCUGGCACUUCCUGCGCCCGCCCAAUAAGGAGUGGGUAGGCACCGGGGCUUCCGGGGUGCCCAGCCGAGGUUGAGGACCCUGAGUCCUGGUUAGAGAGGAGGGGGCUUGGAGGUCCAGACUCCGGGGUGGGAUAUCUGGGCCUCCGAGAUAGCAGAGCAGUGACAGCCACCCAGAAGCCUGGGUGCUUGGAGGGGAUGAGUUUCAGACUUGAUUGGGAUAUGUUACUUCAAGUCAUCAAAUUCCUGGGUCCUGACAGGAAAGUAGAGUUUAGGGGAGAGGACUCCUGAAUUCUCUGGGGACUAGGGAGCGUAACACCCGUACUCCUGUGUCCUGAAGGGAGUUGAGGACCCGACUCCUAGAAGGGGGUGUGUCUUGGUCUGCAGUGGAGUAGAAACUGGAGCUGUUGGAGAGGAUCUUCUCAAGGAGGAAAGGGAGUGAAGGCUCUGAUUCCUGAUGGAGGUAGGGGUAGUCCAUGACUGGAGACUUGGAUCCCCAUGUGGGUAGAGGGGACCUGGGUACCCCAGGGAGCUAGAACCCUUGGAACCCCCAAAGGGAUACAGGGUCUGGGUUUCCUGGGGAGAAAAGGCUUGCAUGCAGCCUUCCAGGUCCUCAGUGGGUCAGUGGGCUUUGAAUCUUCAUUGGCAUUGGGGAGGGGGACACACAGGUCUCAGAUUCCUGACUCCCAAGAGGACUGUGGACCUUGGUUCCUAAUUCCUGGUGGUGGGAGGUUUGGGUCCACAGGGAGGGAAAAGGAGGUCCGUGAGAGAGAGCUGGAGACCUCUUGGUCCCUCUUGGGGAAUAGAGGGAUGUAUAAUAUUUGCUCUUCCACGGGUCUACUCCUUUCCUAGCUUUUAGGGGAAGGAUGAGUUCACAAAAAUGGAGGGAGGGGGCAAAAAGUCUGGGCGUGGUGGGUUCUAGGGGUAGCCAGAGACCAGGAAUGAGGCUUUCUGGGUGUGGAAUGGCAGAAACCCAUGACCUCAGAGCUAACCCACUUAUCUCUCAUGGAUUCGGAUCUUGGCAGCUGCCUCUCUCUCUGUGAGUUUGACUGGAAGAGGAUUUGACUGCCUCCAUUUCACAGGUGCUGAUCCUGAGUGAUUCAGGGGGUCUCUGGGGAGUCUUCCUCGGUCUCUCUUUUUUAGGUGUUUCUGUGUCUGUGGUCUUGAUUUCUUCUGUCAUUAAGCCCUAACCCUUUCUGGCCUUGGUGUUUUGUGCCCCUGCCUUUUUGGAAAAACAGCCACCCUGUUGCACUAGUCCAAUGUUUGUGGCUACGUCAGGUGUGUGCACAGAGAGAGCCGCAGUAAUCAAGGGCCCAGAGUCUGACUGGGCAGUCAUCCCAGACUGUGGGAACGCGCCACGAGUGAAGCAAAGGCAGAAACCACAGUGCCUAGGAUGUUUCAGGCUGCUAGCUACGUGUACAGGAGAAGCUGCAAGUCACAGAAUUACAUAUCAAAAACAGAAAGGGAGUACUGGAGAGACUAUCUAAUAGACUCUCUUUUGUGAUAGAUGGGGAAGCAAAGCCCAGAGAGGGGAGGCUCUAGGCCCAACAUCACACAACAAGGCCCUUUGUGGUCUGGCCCCUGUCUGUCCUCAUUCCUUGACUUCCCUGUCUCCAACCAGCAUGAUGGGUCUUCCUUCUGAUGUUUGAGUGGGCCACCUUGGGCCCUGCCUCAGGACCUUUGCAGUUGCUGUCCUCUCUGCUUGUAAUACUCUGACCUCAGAUCUUCCCAUGACUGACUCUUGCUUGUCAAUCAUAUUUCUGCUCAAAUGUUCCCUCAGAAAGGCCUUCCCUGACUACCCUAACUGAAGUAUCUCACCCACUCAGUUGCCAUCAAGUCAACUCCAACUCAUGGCGACCCCAUAUGUGUCAGAGUAGAACUGUGCUCCAUAGAGUUUUCAGUGACUGAUUAUUUAGAAGCAGAUCACCAGGCUUUUUUUCCAAGGUGCCUCUGAGUGGACUCGAACCUCUAACCUUUCAGUAAGCAGCCGAGUGUGUUAACCGUUUGUCCCAUCCAGGCACUCCCAAGUAGCUCACACACCCCCAUUAUACAUCUCAUCCAGUUGAUUUUUCUUGUGGCCAUUAUUACUAUCAGAGAUGCUCUUACUUAUUGAUUUACUUAUUUAUUGGCUCUUGUCCCCUUGCCUGUCUUGUUCUCUGCUGUAUCCCCAGCAGCUAGAACAGUGCCUGGCGCACAGUAGGUGCUUGGUAAACAUUUAUUAGUUUAAUUCAUUAGUCAGUGGCAGAACUAGGGCUAGAACUCAGAUUGUCGGUCUCUUCCUGUAUGACAGGGAAAAGGAGCAAGAUGGGGAGAAUUUUAGAAAAGCAUUUAAUGGGAAAGCAAGUCUGAGGUCAGGGCACCUGGGAAGCAAGCACAGCUUUGCCACUGUUGCUGUGUGUGACUUGGACCAGUGCCUUAUUUUCCCAUCUGUGAAACGACAGGGCUGGAUGAGAGCAUGAGAUCCUGUUGGCCUGGACAGCGGAAGACAAGAAUAACUGAUGACAAGAAGACUCAGGGAUGGUACCUCCCAUCUCCAGCUUGAACUCCCCCCGUUGGCACAAUCUGUCCCACCAAACUGAGAUGGCCAAGAUGCGCUCUCUCGUGUAGGAUUGAUUUGCUGGUCGAGUGAUGUUCUUAGGAGCUGCUGCUGCUGUUAGUUGCUGUCAUGUCAGUUCUGACUCGUGGCGGCCCUUUAGGUUAGCCGUCGAAUGUAAACCAUUUAUGCAACCUCGAAACCUUUUUCUUAGGAGCCAGUGAGGUGGGAAGGAGCCCUGGUAGCACAGUGGUUAAGAGCUACGGCUGCUAACCAAAAUGUCAGCAGUUCCAGUCCAUCAGCCACUCC